AUGGGUAUUUCAAUUGCUAGCUCGUCAGCUCAACAUAACGAUGCAGCUGUAUCGUCUCCAAUGACCGAAAAAAGAGCUUCGCGGCCGGCCAAUUCAGCCCGUCACUUUGUAUCUGGUCUUGGCUCUGGUGUAACCUCAGCCGUUCUAUUGCAGCCGUUAGAUCUUCUUAAAACACGAGUACAACAGUCUAGAAGCUCAUCACUUGUUGCUACUUUGCGCGAACUGAAGAAAUCCUCAAGCCUGGUGCAGUCGCUCUGGAGAGGCACUGUUCCCUCGGCACUGAGGACCGGGUUUGGCUCAGCCCUCUAUUUCACGUCACUGAACGCCAUACGUCAACAUGCGCAUCAGACGGGCAUUCUUGGUCGUCGUCUCCAGACACAAGGCCGUUCAUCAGUGCUCCCGUCGUUGACGAACUCAGGCAACCUGAUAUCGGGCGCAGUCGCAAGGACUUUUGCUGGCUUUGUCCUGAUGCCACUUACUGUGAUAAAAGUUCGCUUCGAGUCCAGCCUUUACUCUUAUUCCUCCAUCAUGUCUGCCGCGGUUGACAUCCGCCGGACUCAUGGCUUGCGUGGUUUCUUUUCUGGAUUCGGAGCCACUGCGCUGCGAGAUGCACCAUAUGCUGGCAUGUACGUGCUUUUCUACGAAAUGCUCAAGUCACGGCUCGGAGCUCUGGCGUCCAAGCCUGCCGCUUCUGGUGACGGGCAGACUAGGAUGCAAGCUACGCUGGCCAGCUCAGUCAACUUCACCUCUGCGAUGCUCGCCGGCGCAGCAUGCUCGAUAGUUUCAAACCCCUUCGAUGCGGUCAAAACUCGUAUUCAGUUACAGCCGUUGGAGUACAAGAAUAUAUGGCAUGCAUGGUAUAAAAUGGUGACGCAAGAGGGCGUUCGAUCGUUGUGGGAUGGCCUUGCUUUACGAAUGAGUCGCAAAGCUAUGAGUUCGGCACUGGCCUGGACUGUUUACGAAGAGUUAAUCCGUCGAGCUGGAGCGAAGUAA